GGCCGAAUACAUAGCUCGCAGUUUGGUCCCCACUUUUCUCAUUUGCUCAUGUAUGUGGAUUUUGUAUAUUAUGUACUAGGAUCGUUCUGUGCACCCUAAGUGCAGUACCACUAACAAAUAUUUUGACUGCUGCAAACGGGAAUUACUCACUCUUUCCCUGUAGUUUUUUGCUCUUCACUGUGGUUCAUGUGAAACUGGGUUGUUUAGCAUGUUUUAGUUUGUCCAAGGACUGAUGGUAAAUGGAGACGGUUUUUUCGGUAAGCUACUUCAUUUGCUGUUUUUAAUGGUGAUUUGUUAUUACACAUGUUAAACGUUAUUAUCAAACCUGUAUUUAAUUAUAACCCCACACAAUCGUCAUUUUAGGUUCACUAUGUUUAAGACUUCUCAUAAGCUGUCAAGUGUAUUUCAAAACCUCUACUGCGAUUCUGUGCUUGACUGGCAGGAGGAUAUUUCGCUCAAAGAUUAGGCUCCUUCCCAUUCGUAGAACGUCAUUUCGUCCUGCCGAUACGUGUUGGGCGUAACAGAUGUAGACGUUUUCCAGUGUUUAUCAGUCUUAGCCUCUCUUUGUUAACCUUUGAUUAUCAAGGCUCUACAUAUAGAUUUUUUGGUACUUUUUAAAUUUGUCACUAUCCCUACUGAAAAUACUACUCAGCAACUUAUCCACUGCUGCCUUGAAAUGGUUUAUCUAAUUUAACCAUAACGUCAACUCACGUGUUAUCAAAAAUCAUCUAUCAUUGUCUACUUAAGAGUUAAAGGUUGCACUAGUCAACGGAUCUAGGUGUUAUACAUGUAUUGUGCGUGGAAAAUACUUUGACAGUGAACUUCACUUAAGCAUGUUUUAGUAGGCCAUACUUUAGUGAUAGUACCAGCUGGCUAUCAUUUAAUGACAGGAAAUAUUUCGCUGUGCUUACCGCAAAAAAACCUUAUGUCCACGUGACGAGUGCAGUAUAUCCUUAAUUACAUCGAUGUCGACUUCGUAGCUUGAAUAUAUUCGUCCAUACACAAUGAGUGAAUUAAACAACUGGUAGUAAUAACUACUUAGUUUAUCAUCGUACCGAAGUCACCAGUAAACCUGCUUAAAAUACUACUGUUUUUUCUUCCAUUUCUUUGUCUCAAUUGAGUUUCUUCAUAAUUAUCUCGCUUAUCAGACGUUACUGCACCAUUAUCAAACAUCUUGACAUUUUUCUUAUAAUGAGUAACAUCAGUAGGUUUAGUAAGUUGAAACUGAAUGAUCGCUCAUAAUCACCAACUUGCAGUCUACACAAGUCAUAGACCAUGUUUCAUAUUCACAAUGUAAUGUGAAGUGAUUUGUUCCACAUUGUACUGCACUGCCUUGUGGAUUGGAUCUUUAUAUCGAAGGCUCCGGGUGCGGUCCCCCAAGAAAACCACCUGCUUCGGUUUGGGAACCCGGGCUGUGUAACAGCCCACACACAAAUCAAGUGACUUGUAUAGUGCAUAUGUAUCCGGUGCCUCCUUGUACCAAUUUUUGUGUUAAAAUAAAUAAAUAAAUAAAAUAGGUCGUCCUAUUUAAAACUAACUUGAACUAGGCCCAGUCAUUGAUUUGAAAAGUAAUUUUAAAUGCUAUGUAUUCGGUCCAUUAAUCUAUUUCUACCUUCUCUCUCUUAAUUUUACGUUUUUUGUUAAGUUUGUUUCUUAAGGUAUCUUAAGUUUUUCCAUUAGUCAUGUGAACAAUUGAUGACAUCGAACAGCAAAUAUCUUUCAGAUACCUUCAUAUGAAUUCAAUAUCACAGUUGGUUUGGAAUAUUUUUGUCAAGUAUGCUACGAUAAUACCUUAAUACGACAAUAAAACUAGUCACGUUAUAUUAGAUCCAGUAUUCGCGACCUAGAAUAGUGUCAGAUUAACACUAGAUAAUACUUCAUCCAAGGAGUCACUCUCAGUGUUUAAAUAAAUAAAUAGACGGAUAGACAUCUCGCUUCACAAGCGGCUCAAGACAUUUUAAUCGAACACUGUUGGCUAUAUAACAGGUUAUGGAGGACUACCAAUUGUAUAUCUCAAUUAAUGAGUAACAGUUUUCUUCACCACUUAUUAGAUUUUAUGGUAGAUGUCCUUGUAAAAACAAAACUUCCCAGAGACCAAUUUAACAAAUGUGCAUCGAAUUUAAAUACCCAGGUGACAGUAUUAUUUGAUAAAAAUGGUCACGAAGUGCAGAGUUUUUUGGUAGCGCUGAGUAAUAAUAAAAGGAUAUUUUAAAUGCAUUUCUUUCCCCCCAAAUAUUGCUUUUGCACAUGUCUGCGUCACAGCCUAGACUGAUCUCAGAAGUUAAGUAGUUGAGUGCACUAGUUACUUGAUUUAACCGGUCUUAGUGAGUCUGGGUCUGAUGAAAUCUGACACAUUUGGUAAAGCCUUACAGCAAAGGUUCUCGAUCGAGAGGGUUGGAGGUCGCAUUUAGGUCAGGGAAUAAUGUUCAAAUCAAGAGUUAGUGCACAUGUAUCCUAAAACCUGCUAUAGGGUAAAGUUUCAAACAGCAGAUGCGCACAGUGGUCUGAAAACAGCCUAGUUUUUGUUUAGCUUGCUGUCCAUAAACCUCAUUCUCGCGUUUGCUUAUCAUAGAGAGUUAUAACAACGACAAAACCACUUACCAGAGGAAAAUAUUCAUUUAAUAAAAUGACAUGCUUAUAUGCAAAUUAUUAACACAAAAUAAUAAAAUGUCAUGAGCAGUUGAGAGAAAUAAGUUUGCACGUCACUUUUCAAUUACUUGGCACAUGAUUUUUGAGCAUGUUUUUAGUCUUACCUUAAGCUUAUUUAAUGUACUCAAUUUUAGUCUUUGGAAUCCAUGUUUUUGUUUGUUUUAUCAUCUUCAACUGUCUUAUUGGCAUUUUCUCACCACCGUCCCCCUUAAACCCAGCCUUUGUCGCACAACUUAAUCCAUAGCGAUAUGAGCGAAUGAAGUGCGUGAUGUAACUGAAGACGUUAUUGGUCCUCAUGAGAUCGCUUAUUGUGUGGCUUGCGGAGGUUGGUAUGGCGUAUGUGGUGUGGUUUCAGCCGAGACCUCAAUCGCAGAUUCUGAACUUGAAAUUCAAGAAUUUCCAUUAAUGUCAUUGUAUCGUUGCUAAUGCUAGAUCAGGAAUAAACGGUUGUAUAAGCACAUUUGAAUGAAGUGGCCUCCAAAUGCCCUGGUACGGCCGAUAGUGGGGAGAGUCCGCUCUCCCUCUCGAAAUUCUCAUAUGGCCACGUGUAUACAGCCACUACCACGGAAGUCCUAAUCACUGCCUUCUCGUGGCAUUACUGUUGUUUACAAAAUUGAAAGGACGAAAAGCGAAUGUCCGGCACCUUAACCGGGUUGGUGGACAUGGAGAGUUCAUCUAGGGGAGUUGAAAAACCGUGAUUCCAAACGAAUGGUACACAUGGGCUCCAGUAUCCUGAAGGAACAAAUGGCGUAUGAACCAAUCGUUGGUCACCGGCUACCAUCGGACUGCAUCUCCUUACGAUGCUCUAAUGCCUUGUGGAUCAGACCUUCAGAUCGAAGGCUCCGGGUGUGGUCCCCUAAGAAAACCACUUGCUUCGGUUUGGGAACCCGGGCUGUAUAAUAGCCCACACACAAAUCAAGUGACUUGUAUAGCGCAUAUGUGUUCAGUGCCUCCUUUUACCAAUUUUUGUGUUAAAAUAAAUAAUUUGAAUGAAGUGGUUGCUAUUAUCUGCUCAGCAGGCUGGGACUCAAAAAGGCUCCCAAUCGUGUUUUAGCUUCAUUUACCUUAUAUACUUCGGGGUUGAAGCCACGAGCUACGAUUACCACAUGUGAGUAUAGCUUUCUUUAAGAUAUGAGAAAGCUUUUUUCAAACUCAUCUUUUGAUUAGUAUGGGCUGCAGUCAGUGGGGGACAGGUAGAAAUGGAAAAAAGGCAACGAGCUUAUCUACAUCUUUAUUAGUUCUUACUGUAUCAUUUAACCAAACUGCACAUAAGCGACUGUCGUUAAGAUUCCACUUUCAUGUGAAUAAUAUGCAUGAACGUCACUAAAUUCAUGGAUUUUAAGUUGGAACUUCGUUGGCACACAUCACUAUUAACUACUUUCCAAAAUAUUAAGCAAAUCUGAACCUAUCCAUUUGAAGGUUUCACAACAGAGUUCAUUCGAAUCUUGGUGGAGAUAUAUUCUGAACAUUACUCAACAUUAAUAAAAGUAGUAAUAUGCUUGUAAUAUUUCAUUGAAGGUUGAAUCUCGGACAUUUUGCGGCUGCAUAUCGAUUCUUUAGAGGACAAAUAAAUAAUCAAAUUUUUUCUCUGAAGAAUCAACGUACAAUAAGCCACGAAACAUCAGUAUUUCUAUUUCCCACUCAUUUGGAUGUUACAGAUAAGUCAUCGUCUUUAUUAUUUACAAUCUAUCCAAUGCUAAAUUCAUUUGGUAGUGUUAAAUCAAACCUUGGUGAUGAUAUAUAGAUCCAUUAAUGUUUUUUCGUUAUCUCUAAACGAAGUGCAACAGUUGACAAUAUACAUCAAAUAAAAGAUAAAUCUUAUCACCAACUAAAUUUGCUUGUCAGAUAUUGUGGUUCUAGCUGUUGACUUUACUACACAGUUCGAGUCCCUGGUCGUUUAUGUAAUCAUUAAAUACCCGUUUUUUAGGUUGAAUAGUAAGGAUCGUAUUUCUACGUUUGCAUAUCAUAGUAUACUUGUGAACAGUCCUUGAUACGUCCGUGCACUGUGCCAGUAAUUCGUGACUCCGUCUUCAAUACCGUGAACGAAAUUAUUCCAUUGUCUUUUCCCUAUCCUACCAAUUAAAGGCACUAGUUUGGAGAAACAACUUUUCGUUAACUCAGUGUAAUCAAUUCGAAAACACUAAGUUUGUCGACUACAUACCAAUAAAAAAGGAUUAGAAUAUUUAGACUGUUUGCCAAAGAAACAGAAUAUCGUAAAAAAUGUACUGAAAUUUCGUGAAUAGUGUUCACAUUGACUGAUUUACUAUGCCAGAAUUUCAACCUAACUGACAUUGAUUUGUUUUUCGUAAGUUGGGAUAUGAGUUCGUGUUCACAACAACCUAAUUUCCGAUGCCGAUUUGAGAUAUAGCAUUCUCCUGAAGUUCAAAAUUUAAAUAUGUCAGAUUGCUACCAGCCGUCAAUGCUGCAUGUAUAUACAGGAGUAUAAUUUUGUUGUUUGCAUAUCCGGGUUCUAAUCAUCCACUAACGUUCUCAAAACACUUUUUUUGGGUCACUUACUUUUCGUUGUAAGCGAAUACGAAGCUGUUAGUGGGAACAUCGUGAAGAAAAACGAAACCAUGAUCCGCCUUAGCACUAGAUAGAUUAAACGUUAUUAUUAUUGAUGGCUUUAUUCAAUAUUAUAUUUUGGUACAGAAGUGUCUAGCUCACCCCCAGUUAUUCUUCAUUGACUAUUACUCAAUACUUAGAGUAAAAAGUUAACAUCAGCCCCCAACUCAUGGAGAAGUCGAAGUUGGAUAAGCUACGUAUCAGGCCUAGAAACUACUUUCCCUAUUUAGUUUUGGGAUGUACAAACUAGUGAGAUUAACAGUUUAGUCGUAUAACUUUCCACAAAUUGAUUUUCAUUCUGUAAGCUCACACAAGAUAGAAUUAUUGGCAAGUGCUUCGUCAAAAUACGUCUUUUUUUGCCUGUCCUGAGUAAUGUAAAAAUAUCUAGGGUUUAUUUUCCCCUAAAUACGCGAAUACAAUCUGGCUACAGAAAAUAAAGCAACUGAGAGCGUUUUGUGCGUCUCAUUACCCGUGGUUAGUUGAUGAUUAACAAAACCUUGAUAGGAAGAGAAUUAGUUCGGCUUUGUUAACUUUGUUCAUCUGUGGCUCAUCAUAGACCUACUGCUAGAAAUAACGUCUUCGUCGGGAAUCGAUUUCCUAUCAGGAGGUCCACUUAUUGACUUAGAAAACAAAGAUAAUAUAGUCCCGCUUGGUAAAGUAGUCUAAUGCAUCGAUAACUUCACUUAUCUUGGAAGUCUGACCAGCGCUAAUGGUUUGGUGUCGGACGAAAUCUCAGCACGGAUUCAAAAAGCUCGUUUGGCUUUUACCAACGUACGUCACUUACGGCGAAGUCAAAAUAUUCGUCUAUUAAUUGAGGGACGAGUAUACUGUGUGACAGUUCGUCCUGUUCUACUUUACGACUACGAAACGUGGCCAUUAAGAGCAGAAGAUACUCGUAAGCUGCUAGUAUUUGACGACAGAUGUCUUAGAAAUAUUGCUCGCAUCACCGGGUAAGUAAAAGUGAGGUUGGACGCAGGGUAUUAGGAAAUGAUAGUAAAUCAGUUGAUGAAGUAGUGAAUCUUCAUCGACUGAGAUGGUUGGGCCACGUGUCGCGUAUGCCUGAACUCCGAUUACCACGACGUGUAAUGCUGACUAGUGUUGAGGAUGGUUGGAAGAAAUUUAGGGGUGGGCAAACUACAACGUGGCAUCAAUCCUUGAAGUCACUAACUCCUGGUCUGAGUCGUGUUGGUAGAUGCAGACUACUUGUUUGGGGUUCGCGCGACUAUCGUAACCAAUGAUUAGAGAUUCUGGGUAGCAUAGCUCAGAGUCAAUCACAAUGGUGUAGGUGUAUACACUCUCUGUCUUCCCUUGAACUGUGAGAUGAAAGUUGCUUUUUUAUCUUUCUUUCUACCAAUUAAUUCUUUCUUCUUGUACUAUAUCCUUAUGCACAAUCUUUCUUUUAUAUAUUACUACCAUUGAAGUAACUUCAUCUUGUUGUGCUAAUGAGGUGGGGGGAUUUGAAAUGAUGCAUAUAUGUACCUGGUCCUACUUUGUAAAUAAUUGACUGACAGAUGUAGACGUAUGCCUUGUAAAGUGCGUACAGUUCUUGGUUUAUUCCGUUUGCUUUAUAUUGUAGUAUGGAAUCACGAUCUCGAUAUGUAGGGGAUAUAUGUAAAAAUUAGUAUUUAAUUGUGGUCAUAUAAAAAUAUUGAUGGUAUAUUCUAAAACUGCUGAGUUAAUGUUACGGAGAUUAUUUUGAGGGUACUUACUAAAAUCCGGAAAUCGGUUGGUAAGGUUGUGAUGGUUAGAUGACUUGUCAAACGUAUUCACUCCAUAAAGUCAUUAAUAAUUAUUCUUAGUCGUUUGCGGGUGUGCAAACAUCCAGUUUGAAGUUCAGAUAAUACUCAUAAUCGAUGGUGGGAUACAUUGUAUGACAUUGUUUAAAAUCAGUUACAAUGACUCACAUGUAUGUAUAUUUUUAUUUUACCUACCAAUCUUUAAUUUUGCUAUUGUUUCAUAUAUUUUGUUUCUUGGUUUAAUUUUCUGUUCUCCAAAAGAUAUUGUUUUCAUUUAGUAUUUUACAAUCAUUGAUAUUACUAAUGUUUGGUUUUCAUCGUUGUUUCCCUUUACCGUGUUGAUAUUAACUGCAUAACGGAUAUACGUGCUCCUUUUUCUAAUCUGUUAAAUAUUAAGCAAUGGCAUAUUAUCAAUUUAUGGAUCUCGAUGUUUAUUUGCGUGUACCCGCGCCCAGGUAGUAAGGAUUUUAUUACAUUUGUUUUUACAUAGUUAUGAAAAUUUUUAAUAUUUUUGUACGAUUGUUGCUUACAUAUGUUGUUUGAACCAGAUUCCCUCACCCAAAUUUUUUGAUGUUGUCUUGUACCUCAGAACACAAUUUGUUAUAUAUGUGUUAAGUUUAGUAGAACUUAAAAUAUUACUCCUAGUUGGGUUGUUCGUUUAGAUACAAAUACUGAAAUAAACGUAAGUUGUACGUUUUCCCUCCGUUAAAUUAGUUAAUUUUAAGUAUUUUGAACCGCUUUUCUCUACUCAAAGUUCUAACCAACUUAAAAAUUUUCACAGGUACCCACCUCUAUUUCCGUCACUGAAAGUGGCGUUACAAAUACCGUCCACAUUGAUGUCAAUAUUGGGUCUGUUCAGCCGGGUUCUUCAAAAUAUUCACACCCAACAUCUUUGGGAAUUACCUGUUCAGAACAUGCUUCCAAUGUCUUGGACGACCUCACACCGUCCCUCUCUUUGACCACAAUAGCGCCUGGGAAUUCUUCAAAUCGUUUGUUGCCGUUCACAGACGAUCUUGGUUUAUGCAUUAAACACUCUCCUGAUGUGUCACCCUUAGUCGAUGAUGACGAAGAUGUACGUUCACUCCUAGCAGCAGCAGCCGCUGUUGCGGCUGCCGACUCCAGGGUUCAUCAAGGUUCACCGUCAGUUCGUUCUUCUUCUGGACUUAACACUCCACCUGAUUCAAGAAGUAGUCGACUUAUGGACACAAUCACUUGCAGACCAAUGUCAGUUGGUGUUUGCGAUCAAACUCAGGUCAUUCACUCAAUAAAUAGUGUUCCUAUGUUAGUUUCGAAUCAUAGUUUGUCAAGAACGCCCUAUGCACAUAGCGAUGACCCUCUUGCAAUCCUAAUCCCAACACACACAACACAGUCUGUGUCUACUAAUUAUUUGUUAUCCUCCAGUGUUUCUACUCCAUGCAGCUCUCCUCUAACAUUCCGAUCUCAUUCCCCUAUUCGGACACAUUUAGAUGGUAGACAUACGUCCGAUAUGCUUCACCAUAGUUUAUCCUGCGAAUCUCAUUCUAUCGAGAAUGAACGUACAAAUUCUUCUCUCUCAUCAGUUUCUCACUUCCCCCCACCAAAUACACCGCCUGUGCAUAUGGACAGUUAUAUAACUCGUCAAAAUCAUGACGAUCAGGUUUUUAAUUCAAAUCUUUUACUUCUAAAGGAUACAGUUCAUACUUCAUGUGUGCCACUAAGCUCUCCUAAAAUAAUUUCAGAAUGCAACUCAUCUGGCCAUACUACCAUAUCCUCGUGUUUACCAAUUGGUGAACAUACCGCAACAACCGUUCUCAGCCCUGUUGUUGUAUCAAAGGAGUAUACUGUCUGCUCAUCAGCGAAUGUAACAGAUGUAUCGGAUAAUCUUACAAAUAACUGGGCAAAUACUACUACUUGUGAACCAAAUAUUCAGGCAGCAAAAGAAUGUGCAAUUACGGAUGACAAUUUCGAUUCUGUAUCUAAAGCGACAGACGAAAAUUUAAUGGAUUUAGAGCAAGUUAUUUCAUCACACUCAGCUUCAUUACCAGCUGUUGACGAUGAGUACUUUUUAAAAACUUCCGACAAUUUUCAUGUCGAUACAGUAGUGAACAUUGACCUUAGAUGUAUUUCUCAUUCAGACAAAAUUCCUUCUUCAACAGAUAGUGGCGAGUUAGUGUCUUCGAAAACAUCUGCCAUGUGUUCUGCCGAACCAGAUUUCCCUGAUGUUUACGUUGAUGUUUCUGACGUAAACGAUAAUACGAAUUCUGUGAUACUACCACACGAGUCAUCAAUUAGUGUCAAAGCAACAACAACUCAGUUCUCCGCAAAUACGAAACUUAUAUCUUCUGUAGUGGCGUCUGCCGAGAGUUCUAUUGACAUCGAGUGUGAAACAGAGAUUCAGAAAGAUGAUUGUUUCAUUCAGUCUGCUGAUGACGAUAAGAAGUUUAAGACAGCUACAUCUGUCUCCCCUUUAGUAGAAGACUCCACAUUCAAAGAGCCAUGUGAAUCUGAAAGUUCUCCACUUACUAAGGCUUCUAUAAUUUCUGAGUCACCAACAAAAGAUGAUGCUCAGACUAAGAUCAGUAAUCAAGAUCGAAAUUUACUCCUCACAUUGGAGCACCAUAAUGAUAGUUUAGAAGAUCCAGUUGAAUCCAGUGGGCAUUCUCCUUCUAUUCAUUCAUCUCAUAGAGAAGACGAUGAAAAAGUGUAUAACGAUGCUGAUUAUGCGGCCGCUGCAGUUGCUGCUGUUGAUGAUGUGGUGUAUGCACUAGCUGGUAAUCGUAAACCUGAUCCAUCUUUAACUCUUGACCCGGCCUUAGAAGGCACAGGAACAGAUCGUCUGUAUAGUUUAAGCUUAGCUCCAGUUCAUAAUGAAUUCAGUAAUUCACAGAUGAAUAUUUCUAAUCCCGACUUGUGCAACACAAGCUUUGUGAAUACUAACAAAAACUCAGAUCGCGUUCGCUUUCAUCACUCUUUGGUGGCCAACGAAUCUUCAGAUGGUGAAGUUUGUUCAGAGGAUCACUUAUCCAGAAGCUUGUCUAAUGCUUCUCCUAAUAACUGGAAUAAAACGGAUGUGAAGGGUGAAUUCUUAUGCUUAUCAUGCAAUAAAGCGUUUUCACAAAAGGCUUUACUUCUGAAACAUCGAGUUAUGCAUGAAGAACCAAAACAUAUGUGUGACACUUGUGGUCGCAGCUUCGUACGAGAAGACAAGCUUAAACGUCAUGUUAUGUCUAUCCAUACAGCUGAAAAACCUCAUGUUUGUCAUAUAUGUAGUAAAGCUUUUUCCCGCAAAGAUAAACUUAAAGACCAUUUGAAACAUCAUGAUCGUGCAGCUAGGAAUUUUGAGUGUCAACAGUGUCAGCAACCUUUUGUUCAAAAGUCUGAUCUUAACAGACAUAUUCGUGGAGUACAUCAAGGUGAACCAGGGGUUGGGAUAAAUAUGGCAGUAAAACGGAAAGCACCAGGCUCUGCGCCAUUGCGUUUAUCUAAACGAAAAUCAAAGUCAACAACUGAUAGUUCUGAGUCUAACAAUAAUGAGACUAAAGUGGCAAUGUCAUCAGUGGAAAAUUCACAUAAUAUUCCCACCAAUAUGGCUAUAAAUAGAUCACAUAAUGGAAAAACUGUUAGUGGUGUACGAAAAAAUGAUAGUACGGAAUCCGAUAUCAAAAUAAAUAAUCAAAUAGCAUCGAUCACUAGUGGAACUACUGUGUUUACUCCAGUCUCAAUGAUUGCAACCACAACGUCGGCAUCAUCUGCAGUUAAUUUCACCCCUCUAACUGUUUCACUAGCACCUACUGGUAUGACUCAAACAACUCAUCCGAUUUUUGCAGCUAAUGCUUCUGGUCUAAUGUUUCCUACAAUGACUGCUCAUCAUCAUCUUGUUCAACAACAACAAGCAGCGACUGGAACUGUCAUGUUACCAAGUGUCAGUGUAGCUUCCGUAGCAGCAAUGCAUCCAUCAGGAAUCGCCUUACAACAGCAACAACAUCAACAAUUUUUUGCCAUGGCUGCUAUGCCAGCUCUUGCUCAAUCAAUCACGGUCACACAAUCAUCUAAUGGUGUUCAACAAGGUACUAAUGUUCAACCUACACAGACUUCAAUUCAUUUUCAACCUGAAUUGAAAACAGUAGCCACACCUUCAGGUCCUAUGAUGGUAUUGACUCAUAUAGCUGCCCCAAAUCAGUCCGGUCAAGCUCAUCCAUUGACUAGUCAAACAAUUUUCCCUCAAGUUGUUGGAUUUCAUGCCACUGCAGCUCAACAACAACAACAACAACAACAACAACAGCAACACCAACUCCAACAAUUACAACAACAACAACAAGCAGCAGUUGUUCAACAUCAACAACUUUUACAACAGCAGCAACAACAACAACAGGCUAACUAUGCAGUGGCAGCUGCUGCGGCUGCCGCUGCCGCCGGAACACAUUUAGUUGCAGUCUCUAAUCAUGGUAAUUGUAAUCAAUCAACUGUCAAUCAAACACAACAAUUCCAAAUACAACAACAACAACAACAGGCUGUGGCUUUGGCAGCUCAUCAACAAGCAGCGCAUGGUUUUAUUUUCCCUGCUGCUGGGGUUAGUGGUAAUGUUAACUCGGCAGGUACUAUUGCAACACCGUCUGGUCCAACUACAUUCUUUUGUCAUCCACAGGAAGGAAUGGCUGCUGGUUUGUUUCUGGCUUCUUCAACUGAUCCAACUAGUUUUGCAUUAGCAGCUGCUGCUCAAGCGCAAGCACAAGCAGCUGCAGCAGCUGUUGCUGUUGUCCAACAACAACAGCAGCAGCAGAGCAACGUUAAUGCUGUUAAUGCUCAGAACAAUUCUUCGAUUGCUGCUACACAAUUACAACUAGUAACAGGUUAUUCACAGGUGGCGGCUGAUGCUCAACAAACUGUUGCACAACAACAUUUACAACAUCAACAGCUAUUGUUACAACAGCAACAACAUCAACAGAGAUUAGCAGCAGUGGCAGCUGUAGCAGGAGUUUCGCAAACUUCAUCAAUUGCCAAUCCACAUUCCGGGGUGUUGAUGUCAUCGAACACCACUGGUACUAUUAUUAAUGCUGCGAGUGCUGCUACUGCUGGUGGUGGUAGUAGUACACCAGCCACCUCUGUAAUUGUUAAUUCAGUUCAAGAGGAACAACUCAAUCGGGUUCAACAAUCCGCUCAUUUUUUAAUUGGACAACAAGAAACAACAGGAUCUAAUAGAACAGUGAAUAAUUAUCAACUGGCUGCAUUUACAAAUGCAGCAGCUGCAGCAUUAUAUCAACAACAACAGCAACAUCCAGGUUUCAUGCUUGCAGCGGCUGGAAAUACUGGCGUCACUAAUACUAAUGCAGCAAUUGUUUCCAGAGGAACAACAGCAACUGUAGCAGCUAUGGCUUUACAUCAUCAUCAACAACAACAACAGUAUCAACAACAAGCAGGUCUUAUGGCGGCAGCAGCUUACCAUCAUCAACAACAAGUAGCUCAUCAUCAGGCUUUACAACAACAACAACAACAGUAGUAAUAGUAGUGAUGAUGAGUUCAAAUGGAAAAAAAAAGCUUAUAACAUUUUGACAUACUCAUGAAGUUAGUCAUCUAUGUAUGUAUAUUGUAUUUAACUAACUAUUAUUAUUGUAAUUUAUUCAAAUGUACUUUCUUGUUUUGUUUUUUAUUAAAUUAAUAAUUUUCUCGUAUUUAUUGGAUUGCAUUUGUCAGUUAUUAUUAUUAUUUUUCAUUAUUAUUAUUUCAUAAACUCUUGUAGUAAAGAGAUAUGUUGGUGGGUGAUUUAUUUUUCAUUUUCACCUAAUAUCCUUCAUAUAUAUAUAACGAUCUAAUCUGAUAUUCACCGUUGUACUAUUUCCCCCUUUUUGUAUAAUUUUCUCUUGAACUUAUUUUCACAGUUUCUUGUAUAUAAAUAUAUAUGUUUCUGCGUAUACUCUAGACGUAGACUACACCCUAAUAAGUAAUCUUGUGACUGGUAAUGGUUUUUGUUUAUGAUAAUAAUAUUAGUUGGUGUGGUUUUUUAGAAUAUUUAUAUUCGUCUACGUGGUUGCCAAUAUAAAACACGUUUGACUACUAUUAAUAUUAAUCUAACACACCACUAUGUAAUUGUUUGUUUGUUUGAGACACUACCCUACUUAUUUCCUUUUCUACAACUUUUGUAUCUAUUGCAAUUGUUGUCAUUAUGUACCACCUUUUAAAUAAGAAUCACUAAUAAUGUUUACUACAGUAAAUAAAAUACCUUUCUACUUUGGUUAUCUUUUCUUUUUUGAUACUGAUGGUCAUCCUACGAACAGUUUCAGUGAUUAUUAUUAUUGUCGCUAUUAUUCACUAUUUGUACAUGAUUUUAUUCAAUCGAAUGCUUUGAUUGAUAGCAAACGGUCAGUUUUUUUUCUUCACAAACAUCUUGUUAUUAUGCUUUUUUAAGAUUUGUAAAUCUCCUAUCUUCCUAUCCGCCUUAUUAUACUUUUUUACGCCUAUCUUAUAUGACAAAUAUCAUUCAGCGUGUUUCCUUAUCCGUCUAGUAAUGCUGAGCGGGUUAACCUGGAUAUUUGUGAUCGCGUUGUAUAUUCUGAGUUUGAGCAGUAUUCUGUUAGUCUAGAUUUUUGUAUUGUUCAAUUUUCUGUCUUUUCCAUAAUUGUUUUGUAUUUGUCUUUCUGUCUCCCUCUUUCAUGUAUAUAUAUAUAUAUAUGUUCACUUUCUUGACGUUUUCCUCAAAAGAAGUGCAAAAGUAGUAUUAAAUAAUGCAUAGCAAACUAUAUUCUACAAGAUGACAUCCAUUUUUUAAGGAGCUUGUAAAGUAAAUUCAUAAACGUAUCGUUCUAUGUUCCAUAAAACAUUUGCUAGCCAGACAGGUUUGUGUGCAUGUUAUUCUGUUGCAUUUUUCUUUCUUGCUUUCUUUUUUCACCAUUAUUAUGCAUUGUAUUUCAUCUAAUUUAUAGAAUCAAUAAUAAUGAUAAUAAAUGUUUCUUUUUAAUGGUUAAUGUUCUAUUGCUUGUCUGAACCUUAUCUAGUCUUUACACUUGAUUUGCAUGCAUCUAUCUGUGCGUUAAUUGAUGUGUUUCUAUGUCAGCCCUCAGCGAAUAGAACAAUUUGUUUUCUUCUGUCGUGUGUCCUCAUCUUAUUUUGUUUUUUUUUUAAAAAUUUGUAAAUGCAUAACGUAUAUAAUUAGGGAUUGUGAAAAAUUAAUAUUAUGUAUUUGUUAUCAUUAUUGUGAGUUAUUAUUAUUGCCUUAUUUUCUACAAAUGUUGGUAUUUUGUUUCUUCUCAUGUUUUCUUUUGUUUCAAUAACGAUUAUGAUGAUCGGCAUGCGUCUAUUAAUGUAUAUAUACAUGACUAUAUGAGACAAUACAUCUACGUAUAUAUUCUUUUUUUUAUUAAUUACCCUGUGUUAGUAUUGUUAUUGAGUUUUGCAUUGCAGACGAUUGUUCAUAUCAAAAACCAAUUCUAGGUAGACAAUAAUUAAAAACCAGGAAUCACUGGACUUCUCUUUUGUCCUAGUAUGCGAUUCCGUGAUAGUGGGUAUCCACAAUCCCUCCUGCGAGAAUCAGGUCCAGAAUCUUGAAGUAUCACAAGGAGUACCCAACCUUUAGACCACCUUCGAACCGGGAUCUAUUAGUUUAAGUAGUAGAAAGAACAACUACUUGGUUCUUGGUUUUCAAUAGUUGUCUAAGAUCAGUCUGAUGAAACUAAGUGGUCUUCACAAACCUGUGUAGUAAUAAAUUCUAAAUACUUCCGCUUUACAUUGGUAAGUGACGUGAUCGGUUUACAUUUUGUUUAUGUGUCUAUCUCAAAAUCCAGAUUCUUAUCUGUCGUCCGAAAUUACUUGUUUUGACUCUGCUUAUGUUUGAGUGUAUUUGCUUUCUCUCUGUGUAAACACGAAUUAGUAAUAUGCUAUCUUCUAAGUGAUCUAUACUUUAUUAUGUAAUGGAAAAUAAAAGAUUGUCUUAUAUUUGUCAUUAAGUUCUCACAUAUCUGACGUAUGCUGAGACCACCGAAUGAAUGAAACCGACUUUAGUCAUAAUGUAUUAGGUAAAAAGUGCAAAUCGGUCAAAGAGGUUCUGAGUCUUCAGUUGAUGUGGUUGAGACAUGAAUUCCAUCUUCUGAAUCGCCGUUUACUUCAAGGGUAAUGUCUGUUAUAGUGGUAAGCUAGAGGCGGCUUAGUCAAGAUAUUACACUAAUUUUUAAAGUGAAAAUUGAACUUAAGUAGAUGGGUACAAACUAUCCGUUAAGACUCCACGGAUUUGUCAUACUCAGUGGUUGGAGAUAGGUGAUAAUCCUACGUAACGGUGUAGAAAUAUCCACUUUUUGUACGGAGUGUUGAAAUCUUCGUAAACUGUCUUACUCUUUCUACACCUAAUUGAUCUUAUUAUCGUUGAUACUCUCACUUCUAAUACUUUGUGAGUAGAGAUUUUUUUGUAUCUUUAGCUAUGAUGUUCUGAAUUGUUGGUUGAUAUUCAAAGGUCAUCUUUGUGGAUGGUUUCGGUUGAUUAAAUUCUUGGGGUCGUAGUUGAUUGGAAUGAUUUUUUGUCCUCAGAUCUUCAUACAGUGUAUUUAUUGCUAACAGAUGAGGGACGCUUGAAACUAUUCACAACCUUAAAAACAUAUCAACAGUUUAUGGUAUGUUUCUUGAAAACCGU